AAAUACUCGGAGAACGAAGAGAAAAAUUGCAAAAGGAAGAGAGAUGAAUCCGUUGUAAAACGAUCCUGAGGAUCUCGGCGUCAUGCACCAUCUUUUAGUGACUCGCCAGAUGACGCCGCCUACGCGCGUACAUACACACGGGAGCGCGAUCGGGUCUCUGGUCCAUCUCUGGAUCGUCCCGUAGGCGUCAUCAUGGUGCGUGGGUCGUUGCGUUUUUGAGAGAAGAGGCGAGAGUUUGUUUUGACCCGACAGCGCGAUCGAACGUACGCGUACGUGGGGAGGCCAUCGCUUCUUCGUCAUUAUGGCAAUUCGCUCGCCUACGAGCGGCGUCGUCGUCUUUUCACGAAUCCGCGGCGAUGGGGCCGCGCGGCAACAACGGUGAGCGUCCCGAGGUGACCGAUUAAUCCGAGCGGGAUUUAAACUCUCUGGCGCGUACGUGCGUGCGUGUGUACGUAUACGCGAUGUCGUGGUGCUCGGCGAUGCCGAGACGUCGUCGUCUCCCUGAGCGGAGGAGGAUUCCGCUAGCCGUCUGCCUCCUCGCGCUGAUCGCUCGCGCGAGCGCCUCCGAAUCGACGAGAUUGUCGCUGUACGACAAGACGGACAGCUGCCCGGUCGAGUGCGCCUGUCUCGGCAAUUUGAUCGCCUGCAACGAGCUGCAACUGAUCGAGGCACCUAGUGGGUUGCCACCGUGGACGGAGAUCCUAGAAUUAAAGGACAACAAUAUUGCUAAUUUGGAAUUUGACUCAUUGCUUCAUUUAACAAAACUCAAAAAAUUAGAUGUAAGUGCUAAUAAACUCGGAGAUAAUUUUACUAUCGCCUUGUCGGAUGUUGCACAAUUACGCGAACUUAAAGUGAAUAAAAAUCAAUUAACACAAGUGCCAGAUCUCGUAUUUAUUAAGAAUAUUACUCAUCUUACGCUAUCCCAUAACUUAAUUACUAGUAUAAACGGGACUGCAUUGCUCAGUUUGCAACAGCUUCAAUACCUGGAUCUCAGUGGGAAUAAAAUAAGUGUCCUUCAAAAGGGGUCCUUCCUUGGUCCUAAUCGACUUGUGCAUUUAAAUCUGAAUGCGAACAACAUAGGAAUAAUUGAAAAUGGAAGUUUGGAUAAUCUAACUUUACUGGAAGAGCUUCGUUUAAAUAAAAACAAUUUGACACAGUUGAAAGAUCUUUUCACAAAUUUGGGAAAAUUACGAAAAUUGGAAGUGAACAGAAAUAAUCUGCAACAAAUUCAUGGAUUAAGUUUGAAAAGUUUAAAGAGUUUGGAGGAGUUGCAUCUAAGAAGAAAUAGAAUUGACAUGCUGGAUGAUGGAGCUUUUUGGCCACUUAAAAAUUUGAUACUAUUACAUCUUGACUUCAAUAUGCUGACCACUGUCAGGAAGGGUGGCUUGUUCGGAUUGGAACAUUUGCAAAAGCUUACUUUGUCACACAAUCAGAUUUCAACUAUUGAACCUCAAGCAUGGGAUAUAUGCAGAGAAAUAUUGGAGAUAGACUUGUCACAUAAUGAGUUGACCUCUAUAGACCGAGGUUCCUUCGAAUAUCUUACAAAAUUGGAAAGGCUUAAACUGGAUCAUAAUCAGAUAGCAUAUAUCUCAGAUGGAGCAUUUAAUUUUACUACAAAUCUUCGCAUUCUGGAACUCAAUUCGAAUAAGAUAUCCUAUAUGGUAGAGGACAUUGGUGGUGCAUUCUCCCCGCUUGGUCAGUUGUGGAGACUGGGUCUGGCGCACAACAGAAUAAAAUCCAUAAAUCAAAACGCUUUUACCGGCCUGACUCGCGUCAAUGAGCUUGAUUUAAUCGGAAACAAUGUUACGUCUAUUCAGGAAAAUGCCUUCUUUCCAAUGUCUAGUCUGAGCAAACUUAAAAUGAAUACCCAAGCUUUAGUUUGCGAUUGUGGACUUCAAUGGCUAAGCAUGUGGUUGCAAGAACAUCAUUACAGCGAAGCUGAAUUGUUCUGCGGUUAUCCACAUUGGUUGCAGGGCAUGUCAUUAACUCAGUUACAUCAUGCAAACUUUACUUGUGAUGAAUAUCCAAAACCACGAAUCAUUCAUGAACCCAUGAGCCAAAUGAGCAUUAAAGGGGACAACGUGACACUGAUCUGUCGUGCAACCAGCACCUCUGACGCACCGCUCCAUUUCAUCUGGAAACAUAAUAAUGUGGAAUUAGAUGAUGCGAAUCUGCAAACCAACAUCGAUUCCUCCGAGAGCGGAGUAACGGAGGCAACGUCUAUGUUACAUCUUACUAACGUCACUCACGCUAAUGCGGGGAAAUAUCAGUGCAUGGUGACAAACAAUUAUGGAACUACAUACUCGGCCAAAGCCAUACUGAACGUAUUGGUUUAUCCGUCAUUCUCCAAAAUUCCACACGAUAUACGAAUAAAUGCUGGAAGCACCGCGCGUCUGGAAUGCUCCGCCGAGGGACAACCGACCCCACAGAUAGCCUGGCAGAAGGACGGAGGAAAUGAUUUCCCAGCUGCGAGAGAAAGACGUAUGCACAUGAUGCCGACGGACGACAUACUAUUUAUAAUAAAUGUCAAAAUGGCCGACAACGGAGUUUAUUCGUGUACUGCGCAAAAUUUAGCUGGCACUAUUGUUGCAAACGCUACCCUUACUAUAUUAGAAGCACCAUCCUUUGUAAAACCGAUGGAGAAUAAAGAAAUCAUGGUAGGUCGCUCGAUCGUGCUUGAAUGCAUGGCCGGCGGCUCGCCACGUCCGAAAUUAUCAUGGCGAAAGAAUGGCAGUCCAUUGCAGGCAACGGAACGUCACUUUUUCACCGCCGAGGAUCAGUUGUUGAUCAUCGUCAACACGAUCGUCGGUGACGCUGGUAAUUACGAGUGCGAGAUGAGUAAUUCGUUGGGCAGUAUUGUCGGCGAGUCGUACCUCACGGUUAAUCCAGCUCCGACUUCCGUGCUAAAUGACUCCGAAAUACUGGGCUUGAUAAUAAUAACCGUUGUGUGUUGCGCCGUUGCUACUUCCGUGAUUUGGGUAGUCGUAAUUUACAAAACCAGACGUCGCUUAAAUCUCGCACAGGACACCACUGCCCUGCCGGCGACGACAGUCGUACUAACUGUACCGGAAGCACAAACGCAACUGUAUCUGGAUACGAGCUCGCAGCACAGUAAGGACAGUGGAACCGGAGAUAGCACUAACCCCAGCAACGAUCAGCUACAAUUGUGCUUACCUGAGGGGGUCGUGACUAGUUCUGCUAAUAACGAAGAAGAAAUGGGAACCAUAAACGUCGACGAUCCUCUUUUGCGUUACACGAAUCACGAGCGGCAUGAAAGCAAGAACGCCGAUAGCGCGGUUUAAAGCGGAAAUGCGAGUUAGAAUGUGAGAAGAGCCAGCCUGUAUAACAAUUUUGCAACUGGUAUAGCGCAAAAAGUUUUUUGCGAAGAGACAGUGAGUAUUUGUGUGAACGCGACUAGUUUUUAAACAGGGAUAUAAAUAUUCCGCUGCAAGUCGUGUAAAUUAAUGAACUGUAUAGUAUUAUGAGGGACAAGGACUCUCCACUGGUUCAUUACUGCCUAAGAAUGACCUAUAGUGGACGUUGAUCCAAUAGUCCAAUGCACAAUCGAAUAUUCGAUACUACUGAGAAAGUAACGGAUCAGCGAAUCAUGGUAAAAGUACAACAGAAACACUUUAUAGCGAAACACUUAUAUGUCCUCGUAAUCGUAUUUAUUAUUAACGCGAUUCUCGUUAAGCCGACGUAGCAAAUUUUAGGCGAUACGAAUUGUAAAUAGUUAGACUAAAUAAGUGUCCUACUGUAACUAGUAUUAUUAUAAUGCGUGUCAUACACGUUGGGCUUUUUUAGAAAACGCGUGACAUCCAAACCAGAACGUAAUUUUCUGUCGUAGAUUUUAUUUUAUCUUUAUUUGUUACUUUAUUUAUAUUUUUCGCGAUAUUUGAUAACAAUUAUGAAAUUUAUAUAAUAAUUCACAAGCAUCAUCUUAUUUUAAAAUUGGAGAUUUGGACAAAAUUGAAUUCCGAUAUUUUGAUGCUUACAGAACAUGUCCGAAAACCGCUUAUGAAAAUUAUCUUUAUUAAAUAUUAAUAAUUAUUUAAUUCGACUUUUGUGUACAAUCGUUCUUUCUUGAACACAAUUAUUGUGACGCGAAUAAAUUAGAAAGUUUAUAAACUUUGAAAGCAACAUAUAUAUAUAUUUUAGACCAGCCUUUGUGAUAGAUAUUUAUUCUAGAAUUAUCAUAUAUAUAAAAUUAGGCGGCUAUCUGUGAAAAAAAAUAUGUCGUUUUAUUCUGGAAACACGAUUAUCAACGGGUGAAUGUGUAUCUGUGCACCAAAGCGUUGAUUUUAGAUACCUUGUCUUUUUUUUUCGCCUUGUCUUUUUUUUUCGCCUUGUCUUUUCUUAUUCGUAGUAAAACGCGAUGUCAAACCUAUAUUCUGAAUUAAUCUAACUCAUUUAUUGAUCAAAAUGUUGCUCAUUACUAAUAGUUAUAUUGUGUUCUAGGUAUAGAUUAUUAGAUUUCAUAAGACUUUUUGUUAGUAUUAUACAAUAUCUAGUAAAUUAAAACGCAUAUGACAUGAAACUUUAUAAAUAAUCUUCCAUGUCUUAUUGUAUUAUUAUAUAUAACUGUUUUCGAGGUUUGCGAGUAGAAUGUUUUAUUGUAAUAUCGCGUUCUUUAAUACGAUAUUACAAAAGAUGUAAGAAUUUAUUUCUAUUUUUUCUUGCGGGUUCACAUUUGCAUACAUUUUACUGAAGUUUGUAUAAUCGAGAAAUUUUAGAAAUUAGAGCCUUUAGUUUUUAUGAUGAAUUCAUAACUUUCUUGAAUUUUGUAAAACUGUGUACUUUGCAAUUGUACAUAUUUAAAAAAAAAAAAUUAUUUUAAAAAAUUUUUAUAAUAGCAUAAAUCUUACAUGCAUUCAUCAUUUUAUUUAAUUAUUCAAUUAUUUGAAAUUGAAUAUACGUCUGGAUAUCCAUGUCUCGCGUUAGAAGAUAAAAAAUUAUAAAAUAAUGUUUAUAUUUAUAUAACAUGCAUUAAUAGCUUUCUUGUAGUAUAAUCGCGAUAAUUUUUACUUAUAUAAACUUUCUAUAAAUCAAUGCGUUGAGUUAAUAAGGAUUAUAGAAAAAAAAAGAAAAGAAUGUAAAAGAUAUGUUAUCUAAUAGAAAAGUUCGAACAAUAAUGCACAUGUGAUUAUUACGAAAGUAAAAAUUUAAAUGAAAGUCUUUACCGCGGGUAUUAACACGAACAUUUGAGAUAUAUAUAAUCUACAUAUAUUUUUCUAUAUAUGACUUAUAUUGCAAAAAAGUUUGAAAAUUGCAUAAAAUUCGCACAAAACGCAGAGCCAGUACUAUUACUUAAUUAACCGCAAUUUCUUCCACGAGCAGUUUCUACUCUGAUCUACACAAACGUGUGAUGUGCGCAAACUAUAUGAUAUGCUCAUUAUAAGAAAAUUUCAAGUAUUGUAUAAAGUAAAUAGUCAGCUAUAUAAUAUUCCACUUAUUUAUGUAACUUGUAUACGUACUAGUAAUGUAUAUGCUUAAACGAUGCAAGAACAGUAUAUGAACUGGAGACCGAGAAGAGAAACGAGAAUAUGUGUUUCAUUAAUAUAAUCCAUAUAGAGGUUUUUUCUCCUUGCUGUUAGUAACGAGUAUUAAAUUAUAUAGUCAACAAAUAGAUGCUCUAUUGCGACAUGGUUUUUUUUGGCUUGCGCCCGUGUGAUACACCAAAUAAGGCAUCUGUUUCUCAUUCAGUAUUUUUCCUUGUUGUUAUAUAAUAUUGUAUACAAAUACAAAUAAUCAUCUACAACAUA